UAAAAUGGUAUCACCUGAUUUUCUGCUAUUGCCUCUCCACCUCCUGCAAUCAGCUGUUGCACCAGCUGCGCGUCCCGGCUACGCUGGUCACACCGUCAGCAUCCAAACAACAAUCCGGACACAUCACCGAGAUCUUGCUGACGUGCGAGGUGCCAACAGAUGCAUCUGGAAGAUCACUCGCCGCGCGCCAUGUACAUGCGGGACUGGCGGAAGGCUCUGCGGACGCCCACCUACCGGAUUGGAAAUCGAACGGUGCGCUUCAACUACCACUUCGCUCUGCUCAUCGCCUGCGCCCUCGGCCUUGUCCUGCUCUUUUACUGUGCGAACCUGGGGUCGCAUUCCUCCUCCGACGGCUACAGGCUGAGGCGAAGCUUUGUGGACGCCUGGAGUCGGGACAGUGGCUCGGUGGCCCAUGUCUACAAUGCCACUUAUCCGCUCACGCCUCCCAUGGUGCUGCGGGGCGGGGUCAUCAACUACCGGAUAGCCAUGAUCGCCGAUUUGGACACCAACUCCAAGGUGACCAAAAGCGACGGCAGCUUCACAUGGCGCAGUUACCUGAAGAAGGGCUACCUCACCUACACGGUGGCCAGGGCCGAGAUCCAGAUUAGCUGGGAUGACGGAGCGCCUACAGCCCUAGAAUCUGCAUUCGCCCUGAAAGGUCGGGGCAUGGAGCUCUCCGAGUUGGUCACCUUUAACGGGCGCUUGCUCAGCUUUGACGACCGCACUGGAUUGAUAUACGAAAUAGUUAACGACAAGCCCAUUCCCUGGGUGAUCCUGCUCGAUGGCGACGGGCACAGUGCCAAGGGCUUCAAGUCCGAGUGGGCCACAGUGAAGCAGCAAACACUAUAUGUCGGCUCCAUGGGCAAGGAGUGGACGACGAGUGCGGGCGACUUCGAGAACAACAAUCCCAUGUACGUAAAGGCCAUUACGACCUCCGGGGAGGUGCGGUCACUCAACUGGGUGAACAACUUUAAACAGCUGCGGCUGCAGUCCCAACAGAUAACCUGGCCAGGCUACAUGAUCCACGAGAGUGGGACCUGGUCGGAUGUCAAACAGCGGUGGUUUUUCCUGCCCAGACGUUGCUCCAAGGAAAAGUACAACGAAACCAAGGACGAGCACAUGGGCUGCAAUGUCCUGGUCUCCGCCGACGAAAGCUUCACCAAGAUCGAGACCGUACAACUCGAUCCUGAAAAUACAACGCCUACGCAUGGCUUCUCCAGCUUUAAGUUCCUGCCCGGCACCGAUGACUCCAUAAUAGUGGCUCUUAAGUCAGAGGAGUUGAAUGGUAAGACGGCUACCUUCAUCACAGCCUUCGAUAUUAAGGGCAAGACGCUGCUGCCCGAAAUGCGGAUCGAGUCAGAUUAUAAGUACGAAGGAUUCGAGUUCAUUUAGCUUGUAACUCCACGCCACUACACUCCACUCAACUUCGAUCCAGGUGCUCCAGGUUUAAGCGUGUACAUAAUGUAUUAAUGUCCCAUACUGUAAGCUUUAUAUUUAUAGUCAGCUAGGUUAGUCCAGCGAUGGUCAUCUGCCUCGUGACUCCCUUUCCCUGUCUCGUACCUUAGCACAAAUCAAAUUUUAGUUUAUUUUUAUUGAAAUUGAAAUAUACAACGUACAAAGCCGGCGGCAAACUCAAAAA